UCCAUUUGCCAUUACUUUUGCUGAAAAUAAUUGAAAAAGUUUUCAAAAUUAUUAUUUUCUAAACAAUUUUAAAACUUUUUUUAGACCCAUUUUUUAUUAGUACACUUUAGCCUGUGACAAGAGAAGUGAAUCUAGGGGGAUUGAAUGUUUGAACAUAGACAGAUUACAUGCAACAAAUUACAACUCACUACUGCAGCUACAUUUAUGCCUUAUUAAUAAUGUAUUUGUUAUGACAAGGGUUGAUUAAUACACUGCACUACUGAGAACUACCUCUGGUUUUAUCUCUCCAACAAUCCAUCCUUCCAUUGGUUCUUUGACUGAGAUCUUUACUUUAGUAUCAAUCAUAGUCUCGACAUAAAAGGACUGAGGGGAACCAAGCAGGGUUCUACCGGUUGAUUUCUCUUCUUGCAUGAUUUUCUGGAAGAUUUCCAAAACAAAUCAUUUAAUUAAAAGAAGUAUAUCUUUAACCCUAUCUUAAGAUUCAAUGUCAAUGUGAAUGCAUGUUUCCUUGGAAUGUUUCUACAUCUCACUUUGAUACCUAUUGCAAUUUAAAAAAAGAUUUUUAUCAAGCUGUUUUUGUUUGCCACUUCCUGAUGAAAGAGCGUUUAUCGUUGGUUUCUGAAAAUUAAUAUACUUGUGUACCCAGUGGAGGCUAGUCAGAGCCACUCAUUGAGGGUUAGAGGAGGAAAGGCUAGGGAAUUCUAACGUUCUCAGUUUAUAAAAACUAUUGUUAUCUAGAUACCUCAAAUGAUGACUCACUGUCAUCAAAGAUAUAUAAGUAUGCUGUGUAGUCCACACCAACUGUGCCCACUCCACCAAAAACAGCGCCUUGAAAGCGCUUCUUUGUUGGUUUGCCGUUAUCAAGUGACGUACCGAUGAUAACAUAGGAGGUAAGAUUAUCAACCUGAAAGCUGACUUCAUUAUUGUGGACUUGGAAUUUGUUUUCCCCCUUCCAUACAAUUGAGCCUUUGUGUGGUACAGAGCUUUUCGGCUUGAUGUCCCAGCCAUUGCUUAAAUACACCAAAGCACUAUGAGGUAUUCUGACUUGCACUGGUUUGGAUAGUUGCUUCCCAUAAGGCUGAAAUUUUAUCACAGGGCUAAGCUGUACUUCACCAGGCUGAAGAGGUAUAGAAUUUUCAUCCCAACAUAUCUUUAGUUGUAUUCCUCGGCAAUCACUGGAGAAACAAUUUGCAUCAUUGAAUUGGAUCAAGAUACCUGAUUUAUCAAAAUGUAAUGUCUGUUGUGAUCCAUGUGGUGUUGGAUCUUCCAGUGUUAUCAAUUCACUCCGUGGUGCUAAAGAAAGGAAGAGGAUAGGUUUUAAAUUUGGUAGUAGUUAUCAUGGUGUUCUUAUGAUUGUAUACAAUCUUGCAUUUCCUUUUUUUGGUGGGAGAAUUAUUAAAAAAAAAUGAUUCUUAAGUUCAUAGUACCCAGGGGUUAAUCUUGAAGUCUUCAGCUUUCUGUUUUUGUGAUGAAAGGUCCUUGGUGGAUCUUUUUUUAAUCCUUUUUCAUCGCUGUUUAUCAAUUGGCCAUUUCAAUUCAAAUCGACAUCACUGAAUCCCAAUAUGAGGUAAUGAUUAAAACUUUACCUUCGUCUGCAGAUGGCAGCAACGCAGUACAUGAGUCCGUUCUUUGACGCCUAUUUUUUCUGCGGUAUUUGAUGCGCUUUAUAAUCACCAGUGUUAAGAUUACAACAAAUAGUAGUGCUGUCGUCGCAGUCAAAUAUAUUAUAAUGAUAGAGGAUUUCUUUGUAGAAGUUUUCUUAGAGCUGUUUUGUUCCUGACACACAGUUAUGGAUCGCUCUGUAUAGCCGCACUGUUUGUUUUUUGCUAUAUUUCGACAUUCAGGAAUGCGCACAUCGUAUUUAUCAUUACAGCAGGCAGAACAUGGUUUACAUCCUGUGUCUUUACUGCCAUAGAAUCCUUUGUCACAUUUACCACAAAUCCUAUCAUGUGUCAGAUUGCAGGGUGUCAGUUCUCUCUGUCCAACUGCACAAAUGGAGCAUUUCUUACAAGUUUGCUUAGUUGGCUUGUCAGAAAACGUGUUGCCACGAGAGCACUUAAUACAUUUUAUAUCAUCAAUGCUUUUUAUUAUAAUUCCAUUUCCACAUGGUGGAAAGGGUGAUGUUCCCGCCGGGCAGAUUUUACAAUCCACACAGUAUGCACUGUCUUUUUCUUGGGUUACAACAAGGGAUUGAUCUUCUCUACAUUUUGGUAAUUGACAGCCAAUCGCAUUGGCAUCGCAUUGUCUGUAAAAUGGCAUGUCCUUGCAACCUUCUUUCACACUAUUUUUUAUGUUACAAUUGGGAAGAUAUGAAAAGCAGAAGGAACAGGGCUUACAAUCUCCAGUGAGUUCUUCAAAGUAAAACCCUUUGCCACAGCCAUGUUCACACUGUGAAUUAUUCGUCAAGGAACAGUUCCUCUUGAUGCUUUCAUGGUCAGAGCAGAUUCCACAUGACAGGCAUGAACUGCUAUCAUUAUUAGGAGAGUAAGAUUUUCCAGGUUCACAUGGCUCACAAUAAACUUUUUCACCAUAACUAACAAAACUGCCACAUUGUGGUGUUAGACCCAUUCCAGGAGGACAAGAUAGACAUUUUUGACAAGAAACGUGUUUGAACACAUCUUCGACUUCAAAUUCGUCAUAGUUACAGACGGUAUGAACCUGAUAAAAAACAAAUUGGUGUUUAUUAUCAUGUAUUAUAAGACUCUCUAUAAUUUAAUUUAGAAGCUGUUAAGGAAAGACUGGUGCUUAAACCUCAGUAUGAGGAACAUCGAAAUCUUUCUAAGCUCGCCAAUCAGGUGGAGAUGUCAGGAUAAAUGUAAACCUGUCUUUGUUGAUAAGCCGUUAGGAGCAAAGCUGCUCUAUUCUUUACCCUGCUUCCAACCGUCUACUUUUUUGCCGUUUAGUCUGGUAAAUAAUCACGUAGCUGUGUCUUUUAUCACUGGCAUUGCUUUCUAGGAAAUGAUCCAAUGUAGUUUGUAAAGGUCAUUGUAAUGCAAUGGGGUUAUCUCUGAGAAUUUCGUGGAAUUUGACCGAGACGGGCGGCAACUGUCACUUCGUAAAUAUAUUCAUUUACAUUUUUUGAAAAUUCCUAAAGAAUAACGGUUUACUCACAUUUUUAAUGGAGAGAAAUUGGAAUGAACACAUUAAAUAGAGGCUCAGAAUGUACAUUCUUUGGUCUCUCAGAUCUGCAAAGGUAAAAUUUAAAGAAAACGCCACCAAUUGAGCUGAAGGGUCGGCUUACUUAAUCCCGUGUUUAACCAGGCCUAAAUUGGGUAAAGUAAACAAACGUCAUUGAUCGAAAGUGCUAGGCGAAGCACAUUCUUAAGGUAAAUAAUAACGCUCAGAAAAUUAGGAAAGAUUUAUCCAUUUUGCUUACUCAGCUAAACAUUACAAUUGUCCUUUAGUUUUGAUUGCCUUUGUGCCUUGCGAAUAACCUACAACAUUCAAAUGAUUUUGACGGGAAUCAAUAACUUAAAAUUGUGUGACGUGAUCGAAAUCCAAAAGAAGAUCGCAUUUAAAAUACAUGCUGAAACAGCGUGACACAUGCAAAGCAAGAAUACUGAAUUCUAGGUACUUACGCCUUUUUCAUGACAACGUUAUGAGGGAAAGUUAGGUGAGCGGUCUUGUCAGCAACGGUGAACUCGACUACAAUGCCAACACCCCGACUCGUCGAAUCUUUUCACUUCGUAGGAGUGCGGGGGAUUCCCCUUCCAAUUAAACUUCAAACUUAGCUACCCACAACCAAUCAUAUGAUCCCGUUCAUAAUAAAUUAUUAACACUCUAAACGCUGAAUGGCUGGAAAAGAUUCUGUUCGACGGAAACGAAAGUGCUUACAGAGCAUGUUGUGAAAAUAUAAAAUAACUUAUCGCCGCAUAGGGGCAUAUCUCAGUGGUUUGCUGUACCUUCGGUAUCCCUAAAGCAGAGCAAUGGAUAGCAGGUACAAUCCUUUGACUAGAAACGCUGCCGACAAUUACGGGAUACAGACAAUGGGGGAAAGAACCUCAACUCUAACUUCAUGUCCCUCUCCGAUGGCACUCGCUCCGUCGCCGGUUACGGUAGCCAACCAUCAUUGCAGACACUUCAGUAACUGCCAUCACACACAAGUUCGGAAAAGCACUGAUGGCAGGGAAGAAGAUUUACUUCUUGAGUCAGAGUUCGUGGAAGACUCUAGGAGACCUCUGGGAGAAACAGAAGCCCAUGAUCAGAUCGAAGAAGUCUUAGAAUCUGCACAUUCGUCCGAACAACACACUCGAAAUGCAUCCUUACAGAGCAGACCUACUCCCCAACAGGAGUGUUGUAGCAUACACGCGGAACAAAACGGCGUAUUGGUGUCUUCAACUCGACGCCCAGAGAGAGAUCCAGGAUCAAGCAAUGUGUUCCGAAUACUUUGUAUGAUUUUUCUGUGUAAAAGAGGAAUCAUUGCACGAGAUGAUUUAAUCCAUGCUCUCUACAUAAUCCCACUUAAGGACUUCCAGGAGAAGUUCCCAAAAAUCAAGCAAUACGAGGGUGUUGUGUGCCAUGGCACAGAGUUCCCAAUGAUGGAAGAAACAAAAAUGUUACCAGCUCUUUUCCAUCGCAUUAUGAUUGAUGAAAUUUGUCAGGUUAACUUUGAAAUGGUCACCGGUGAAAUGUUCUCAAUUGUCUCCCCACCUACAAUAGUUGCAAAUGUCUCUGAAAUCCUUUCAAGGAGUAAAGAUCGGGUUGGGUGUGGAUUUUCAGCAACAGUCCUAACAAGAUGCACAGGUGAAAAGGACAAGCUCUUUGAGGACAACAUCCGCAUAAACAUCCAAUCUGGUGACACAAAUUUACAUUUUACUGUGCCCAUAGCGUACUACGAAGCAAAUAUAUCACCCUGGCUGUACAAUCCACAAGCAGUCACUGUCAUGCCCGACGAAGACAGGAGAGUGCUGCGUUCUUGCCAUGUUUCUCUUCUUGAGAAUAUUGGUGACCCAAUCAGUGUGUGUGAUCACCUAUACCAACACAAAAUCUUCGAUGAAGAGGACAUGCAAGAGGUAGAGAGUAUGAAAGUGAAAAGGUACCGCAACGCCUUUUUGUUACGGACAAUCCAGACGAGGGGCAACAUCCUUGACCUUAUCAUUGACAUAAUGAGAAGCCAGCGAAAAAACCAAGAGGCGGCCGCCAUUUUACUGAACAAAAGGCACCUUGCAGCUGGUCACAACAAUGAUGACAAAUGAAGGUCGACUCUACCUGCUUAUAACUAAUUUUACUUUUAAUUAGAUUAGCUCUGCCCUGUAAAUAAUAUUUACCGAGCUUUAAGUUAAAAAAUAUAUUAUUUGUGCGAAAAAAUCAGUAAACAAAAUUUGUUCGAGGGAGAAUAAGGUAGUCCGCUGUUACUGGCUCGGUUGUUCCAGCUGCUUAGGAAUGCAGUUCUGUGGAUAAUCUUUUAUUUUCAAUUCUUUGAGUUUGUAUUUGUUUACAGUAUAUCUAGCUAAUUGGUGCAAAAGAAUCCGAUUUCAGAGACAUACAGGACCGAUUCAUGGGUACUGUUCGUUCCUAUUAUUCUAGUUACAAUAUAAAAAUGGAGAAUUUUUUAUUUCUAAUGUGUCAUACUGGUGUUGUAUGAAGAUUGGUAAAUUUGGAACCUUAGGCAAUGUGCCCCAAGAUAUGAUUAUAUUUAAUUCUCUUGUCUAGCUACCAUACAUUUCCUUGUAAGCCAGUUACGAGAAUUUGUGGCUAGAUCAAGAUAACUUCUUCCUGAGAAGUUUGACUAUUACCAUAACCUGUUUGCUGGAUAAUGACGUAUGGAUAUCAUGGGGAGAAGUUACAGGUUAAUCACCUGCCUUUGGCAUUAGAAGGUAUAUGGCAGGUAGAUAUGGAUAAGGUUCUCAUAUGUUAUGUGAUGUUUUGACAUCAAAGCAAUUUUAUAUUUCAUAGCGAAACAUAACUCUCAGUCUGUAAAUGCUUAGGUAGAGUUUUUUGGGGGAGACUGUAGCCUCGGGUAACAGAUAGUGGUCGAAGGUCAAACUUACAUGUCUAUUUCGUGUCCUCGUAGAGCCUGUUGUAUAUAUUUUCAUAAAAUUCUAAACUUGACGUCAAGUAUGUUCGACAUCCUCGUUUUGAUCUAAAUUCAAGCUGGAAAAGUGUUCUUCUGUUGUUAUAGAGUUACUGUCUGUUUUUUAGCAACUGCCUCCGCUAGCAAAUAUCCAAACAUCCAAAAUAAAGAUUAUUCGUUAUUAACAGUUGCAAUGAUAAACGAGCGCCCUUAUCCACUUGCCGAUUAGGCAUGCAGGCAUGCAAGGUUACGUGGACCAGCGUAAGUUGUAUAGAGUUAUUUUGAUGCAUUUGACAGUCACAUGCCAAAGAAUUAAAUAUCGCACAUUUUUGAGAAAUGCUGUUUCUUAUCUAAAGCUGUUAGAUUGUAAUGAAUUCAUUAGCUGAAGCUGAAUAAAAUACAGUUUGGUUUUGAUAGCUAAUUAUCU